UCUUCAUGAAAAUUGGUCAGAAUGUUCACCUUGAUGAUAUCUAGGUCGAGUUCGAAAGUGGAUCACGUGUCUUCAAAAAGUAGGUCAGUAGGUCAAAUAAUAGAAAAACCUUGUGACCUCUCUAGAGGCCAUAUUUAUCAUGGGAUCUGUAUGAAAGUUGGUCUGAAUAUUUAUCUUGAAGAUAUCUAGGUCAAGUUCGAAACUGGGUCAACUGCGAUUAAAAACUAGGUCAGUAGGUCUAAUAAAGAAAAAAUAGGAAAACCUUGUGAUCUCUCUAGAGGCCAUAUUUUUCAUGGAAUCUGUAUGAAAGUUGGUCCGAAUGUUCAUCUUGAUGAUAUCUAGGUCAAGUUUGAAACUGGGUCACGUGAAAUUAAAAACUAGGUCAGUAGGUCUAAAAAUAGAAAAACCUUGUGACCUCACUAGAGGUGAUAUUUUUCAUGGGAUCUGUAUGAAAGUUGGUCUGAAUCUUCAUCUUGAUGAUAUCUAGGUCAAGUUCGAAAGUGGGUCAACUGCAGUCCAAAACUAGGUCAGUCGGUCUAAAAAUGGAAAAACCUUGUGACCUCCCUAGAGGCCAUAUCUUUCAAUGGAUCUUCAUGAAAAUUAGUCAGAAUGUUUGCCUUGAUGAUAUCUAGGUCAAGUUUGAAACUGGGUCAGGUGCGCUCAAAAACUAGGUCAUUAGGUCUAAAAAUGGAAAAACCUUGUGACCUCUUUAGAGGCCAUACUUUUCAAUGGAUCUUUAUGAAAAUUGAUCAGAAUGUUGACCUUGAUGAUGUUUUUAUCUUUUCAGGAUUCUUCAGUUGGAGUGGAUCGUACCCGAUCUCUGUCCGAGGAAGAAAAAAAAAUAUUUAUUAGAAUUUCUGCAUUGAUGGCAGAAAAAUCAUGUUUGAAAUGCGCUAAAAUUCUGCAAAAACAGAAUUGUACCCAUUUCUCAAAUUAUUGACUUGCAAUUGUUAAUAAUACAAUCGCAGGCUUCAGCCGUACCGGGUAGUAUAAGUGCCAUUGGUAAAAAAAGAUUGCUAAAUUCUGUGGAUUGAAUAAUUUUGUUGCUAUCUGUUCUUGUAUUAACAAUUUUCAAAUAAAAAGAACAAAUUCAGAUCAUGAUCCUUACACAAUAAACACACAUUUCUGUUAAAAAUUACCAAUGCUAAAAAGGGCCUCUUCCAGGGAGAACACUUCCUUGUUGAACAUGGUUAUCACUUUAUGUUUUGCUUUAUUUCUUACAUAUCCGUAAAUUUCUUUGAAAGUAGUCUACUGAUAUACUUUGAGACAUAUUAUAGAUUAAAAAGUAUUUUCCUGUCAUUGUAAAAUAAGUUCCAGUAUAAUCAUAGCUUGUAAAUGGACUUUGUGACCGCUCUAGAAGCCAUAUUCUUCAAUGCAUCUUGAUGAAAGUUGCUAAAAAUAUUUGUCUUGAUCUGUGAGCUCAGUUCAAAACUUGAUCAUGUGUGGAUAGCUGAGCGAUUCAGGACCAUUAUGGUCAUCUUUUUGUAACAUGUCAUCAAUCUUAUAUUGACUAACAAACUUUUCUUUUUCUUCUAGUAUCAACUUGAGCCUUCUGAAAACAUUCUGAAGAAAUUCUUUGUGACAAUUUAUUUUUAUACAUUAUAUUUAUUGUGUUAUAUAUUGUGACUGAAAAAACUGAUAGUGACAGAUUAAUAUAGUGAAAUUAGUGAUUAAACAAAUUGAUAGUGACAGUAAUUCUAGUGUUGGAGGAGGUGACCUGUUUGUGGACUUCAAGUAUUUGAUUGAGAGAGCAUAAGAUAGGGGACUUUCAGGAGUGAGGAUGCCAAAAUUAAGGAAGAAGUCCUGUAGCCAAGCCAGGAAUGCUAAAACUGCUCGAAUGAGAGAUAAAAGAGAAGCAGAUAGAGGAAUUGACAUGGGUGUUAGGUAAAUGAACACCAACAUGUUUUGAAAACUAUUGAGUCCUUACAGUUGUAUGUUAGCUUUAUUUCACUUAUGGCAGAAUUACUACAACAAUUUAGUCUGAACUUUAUUACUCACUUUGAGAGUUACAAGUGUUGUGUAAUUUUGUUGGAAUGUACAAGUGUUGUGUAAUUUUGUUGGAAUGCCAAGAUGUUAAUGUUGUUAAUUUAUGAUUGCGGCACCCUGUCACCAUUUGAAAAGAUAAUUAUACCUUAAAAAUUUGCAAAAACAUCUUGAACAAACAGCUAUAGGGAAAGGGGUGGGUUAUUUCAUUGAAGGCUGUAGUUUAAAAUUAAGCUGUGUCCUGUUCUUUAUGUUUUUCAUUGUAAAGCAUUUUGAGUCAGACAGAGAAGUCUUUCUCAAAAUGUACCUUGUUUUUUACAUUUUCAGGUCUAUGGUUGAGUUGAAUGGUUCUGAGAAGAGUGAUGCAGCUACACCAGAUGAGGGUCGGGAUGACCCUACAGGUCCACUGUGGCCUGUGCCUAAUGUCGCGUCUGCGUCUGGGCCAUCUGGUAUGGGUACAGAUAGGCUCUUUGGUCUAUCUGUGCAGGGCACUGGAAAGCAGAUGGGGGUCGAUGCCUGCCUCUCUGAGCCCUCUGGGCCAUCUGCGCUGGAACUUGCAUUGAUUGAUAUUGAUUUUGAGCAGGGCACUGGAAAGCAGAUGGGGGUCGAUGCCCACCUCUCUGAGCCCUCUGGGCCAUCUGCGCUGAAUAGUAGAUUGAUUGAUACUGAUUAUAAACUUGAUGAUUUGAUUGAUGAUUUGCUUGAUGACUUGCUAAAUGAUUUACUGAAUGAUUUGCCAACUGAUAUGCUUGAUGAUUUAACAAGCUGUAUGCAAAAUAUUUCUUGUGGCAUACCAAGUGACUUGCAUUGUGAAACCAGAAAGGAAACUGAUAAAACUCUCCAGUUUGAUUGUACUAUGUUUACAUCUGAAAUAGAAUCAUCUGUUUUCUCUGUUUGUGAACCGUCAUAUGUUGCUGCACCAGUUUUCAAUAUACUCUCAAGACCAGCAGGUUCUGAUGUAUUUAUCCUGGGCUCAUUUCAUCAAGGUGAAAAUAUUUUCAGUGUAGAGUCACGUGGCAGGCAGUGCACAUUAAAUGCUAUGUGUUCCUUGAUUCAUGCUAAUUAUUCAAGGUUGAAUUGCAGCAAAGACUUGGAUAAUGUUCUUUUAGAUGGGGAUUCAUUAUAUAAGAAAACUGUACAAGAGCUCCAAAGAACAAACAGAUUUAGGAAUUUCCUGUUAAAUUUUGAUGAACUUCCAGUCCAUAUUAUUAUCAUGAAUAAACAGAUUUCUGUUACCAAGUUAGAGGUCAUCUCUGGUGUUUGCACACAGCAGUUUGCUACAAUGAAUUUGCCUUCUUUUUAUCAGUCAUUGGAUACUGCAUUUACCAAGUCCUCUUACUUGCUACUUAUGAUGGGAUCAGUUUGUUCAGCUGUGUUUAAGAAGGAAGACCAAUAUUUCUUUUUUGAUUCACAUUCACAUGGUCUAACUGGGUUGUCCUCAGAAAAUGGAACAUCAAUACUUAUUUCGUUUCAUCAGUUACAAGAUCUUGUUACAUACAUGUAUGCCUUGUAUGACAGUAUGUUGAUCGACAUAACACAGCAAUUUGACUUAUUGCCUGUACGUUUUUCCAAUGUUUAUUGUGAACCAACAAUGUGUUUAAGUGAACAGAAUGUUGAAUCAGUCAAUGUUGUUGCUGGCACUCCUGGCUUAAAUGAAUGGAAAACUGUGACAAAUAAGAGGAAAAAGAAGUCUCCUAGUCAUCAUAGUACUGCUUGA